CGACGCGCUGUGCAGCCUGCAAGCUGCAAGGCAAGUUCCGUCCAGCUCCUCCUCCAUUUAAGCCGCCUGCCUGGUGCCUCCAGUCCACCCAACAAAUUCCCGAGACGCCAUUCUCACCAUCCACACAAAGCCACAGCCCAAGAGCAGAGUCGUCGUCGUCGUCGGGCAUGGCGGGGUUCAAGGUGACGCGGAUCUCGGAGGGCCCCGUGAAGCCGGCGUCGGCGACGCCCGAGGAGACGCUGCCGCUGGCUUGGGUGGACCGGUACCCGACGCACCGUGGCCUGGUGGAGUCGAUGCACAUCUUCCGGUCGGGCGCGGGCGAGGCCCCGGCCGUGAUCCGGGCGGCGCUGGCCAAGGCGCUGGCCUUCUUCUACCCGCUGGCGGGCCGCAUCGUGGAGGGGGAGCAGCCGGGGCGCCCCGCCAUCCGCUGCACCGCCGACGGCGUCUACUUCGCGGAGGCCGAGGCGGACUGCAGCCUGGAGGACGUGCGCUUCCUGGAGCGGCCCCUGCUGCUGCCCAAGGAGGACCUCGUGCCUUACCCCGGCGACGACCGCUGGCCCGUCGAGCCGCACAACACCAUCAUGAUGAUGCAGAUCACCAAGUUCACCUGCGGCGGCUUCGUGAUGGGCCUGCGGUUCAACCACGCGUCGGCGGACGGCAUGGGCGCGGCGCAGUUCAUCAACGCGGUGGGGGACAUGGCGCGGGGGCUGGCGGAGCCGAGGGUGCUGCCCGUGUGGCACCGGGAGAAGUUCCCGGACCCGAGCAUCAAGCCAGGCCCGCUCCCGGAGCUGCCCGUGCUGGCGCUGGACUACGUCGUGCUCGACUUCCCCACGGCCUACAUCGACGGGCUCAAGCGGGAGUACAAGGCGCACAGCGGCAGGUUCUGCUCCGGCUUCGACGUGCUCACGGCCAAGCUCUGGCAGUGCCGCACCCGGGCGCUGGCCCUGGACCCGGCCGCCGAGGUCAAGCUCUGCUUCUUCGCCAGCGUCCGCCACCUGCUCAAGCUCGACCGGGGGUACUACGGCAACUCCAUCUUCCCCGUCAAGAUGUCCGCGCCGGCCGACAAGGUGCUGGCCUCCUCGCUCGUGGAGGUGGUCGACAUCAUCCGGGAGGCCAAGGACAGGAUGGCCGUCGAGUUCUCCCGCUUCGCUGGGGAGGAGACGGACCAGGACCCGUUCCAGAUGACCUUCAACUACGAGUCCAUCUACGUCUCCGACUGGAGCAAGCUCGGCUUCUCCGAGGUCGACUACGGCUUCGGCCCGCCCAUCUUCGCCGGCCCGCUCGUCAACAACGACUUCAUCGCCUCCGUCGUCUUCCUCAAGGCGCCGCUCCCGCUCGACGGCACCAGGAUGCUCGCCAGCUGCGUCACCAAGGAACACUCCGAGGAGUUCGCCCGUGGCAUGAAGGAAGACCUGCCCUGAACUUGUUCUUCCUAGCUUAUUAUAUACUGCUGAUGAUCAUCCUGAGCCCUGGCUGCAGGGAGAUGAUGAAUGGUGACGUAAACAUGCUUCUGUUUCGUUGAUGCUGUUGUUACUUUUGGUUGUAUUUUUUUUGGGGUUCACUUUAUCUUGGUCAAUACGUACCACAUUAGAUCACAGCAAGCAAAUUCGAUCUUAAUUUGUACUACACCAUUUGAUAUGAGACCGAGACAAUAAAAAAGGUUAUACUGUCCAUUU